AUGACAGAAUGCAAAGUCUGGCGAAAUCCUUUAAAUCUGUUCAGAGGAGCUGAAUAUAAUCGGUAUACAUGGGUAACAGGGAGAGAACCUUUGACUUACUACGAUAUGAAUCUUUCAGCACAGGACCAUCAGACAUUCUUUACGUGUGACACGGAUCAUUUACGGCCUGCAGAUGCUAUAAUGCAAAAAGCCUGGAGAGAGAGAAAUCCCCAAGCCCGAAUUUCUGCAGCACAUGAAGCUUUGGAAUUGAAUGAGUGUGCUACUGCCUAUAUUCUCUUGGCUGAAGAGGAAGCAACAACAAUUAUAGAAGCAGAGAAGCUGUUCAAGCAAGCUCUGAAAGCUGGAGAGGGCUGUUACAGGCGCAGUCAGCAGUUACAGCACCAUGGUGCCCAGUACGAAGCUCAACACAGAAGGGACACCAAUGUGUUAGUUUAUAUAAAGAGGAGGCUGGCAAUGUGUGCAAGAAAACUGGGAAGGACCAGGGAAGCAGUGAAAAUGAUGAGAGAUCUGAUGAAAGAGUUUCCGCUGCUCAGCAUGUUCAACAUCCAUGAAAACCUGCUGGAGGCUUUGUUGGAACUGCAAGCGUAUGCAGAUGUCCAGGCAGUCUUAGCAAAGUAUGAUGAUAUAAGCUUACCAAAAUCAGCAACAAUAUGUUACACAGCUGCAUUGCUGAAAGCCAGAGCUGUCUCUGACAAAUUUUCUCCAGAGGCUGCCUCAAGGCGAGGGCUGAGUACUGCAGAGAUGAAUGCAGUAGAAGCUAUUCACAGAGCAGUAGAAUUUAAUCCACAUGUGCCAAAAUAUCUACUAGAAAUGAAAAGCUUAAUUCUGCCCCCUGAACAUAUUCUGAAGAGAGGGGACAGUGAAGCAAUAGCAUAUGCUUUCUUUCAUCUUCAACACUGGAAAAGAGUAGAGGGGGCAUUGAAUCUCUUACACUGUACAUGGGAAGGCACUUUCAGAAUGAUCCCCUACCCACUGGAAAAAGGACAUCUUUUCUACCCUUACCCUAUUUGCACAGAAACUGCAGAUAGAGAACUACUACCGUCAUUUCAUGAAGUUUCAGUUUACCCCAAGAAAGAGCUUCCCUUCUUCAUCCUCUUCACUGCUGGACUAUGUUCUUUCACAGCCAUGCUAGCCCUCCUGACACACCAGUUCCCAGAGCUUAUGGGGGUCUUCGCAAAAGCUUUUCUCAGCACCCUCUUUGCCCCUUUAAACUUUGUGAUGGAAAAAGUAGAGAGCAUCCUGCCCUCCAGCCUGUGGCACCAGCUGACGAGGAUCUGAGGGAGCACGCCCGCUGACUGACUGCCGUGACACCUUCUGUGCCAACUUUUUGUUGACCACAAGAAAGCAUGAUAAAAAAGGGAAGCAGUUCUAAGACUUAAAAAAAAACCCUCUUCAUGGAUUGUCUGUUCUCAUAUAAAACCCGUUUUGUUGUACAAAAUACAUUGAUGUUAGGUUCUAUUAUAUUUUGCCUUCAGAAAAGAAAAACUUAAAAAUAAACUUUUGUGUAUUG